AUGGCCUCUAAGCAAUUAAAGCCUGGAAUUUCAAAAAGUGCUGGAGCUUCUCCAGCUCAUACGGCUAACCCACAAGCAUUAAAUUUGGAAGCCUUACAAGAAUCUGUGAAGGAAUUUUUAAAGGAAUCAGUAAAACUUCAAACUGCUAUUAUGGAAGAAAAACUUAAAGAAAUAGCAGAGGAGAUAGUAGUUCGCAAUAAAGAAAUAAGAGAAGAUAUAGUGUCUGCAUUUCAAGUGAAUAGUAUAUUAUUUGAUAUGCUUUACUCUGAAGACAAUACUGAUAAUGAGCAAGAAGAUUUGCCUUAUGAUGGAGAUCUACAACAUAGAGGUCAAUGUAGUUGUGAUUCACCGAAUUUGGAGGAAUUUAUUUCUGUAGAACAUGUCUCCCCAACUGUUUCCACAUUGACAUCUUCUAUCAGCAGUCUGUCAAAAGAAAAUUCAGACUGCAAAAAGCAGUUAUCUCAAAGGAAAGUAAAUAUGGUGCUAUCGACCAAAAAGAAUGAAGUAGAAUUUACCAUGACAACAGGAAAGAAAAUACAAGUUGGCGGUUUUACCAGUUCAGGAAGAAAUGAAGAAUUUUCCAACUCAAAAAUGUCAGAUGUUCUUUUACGUCAUUUUCCAACAGAAGACUUAACAUACCAAUUAAUUGAUUCUGAGACUAUCCCAGAGAUAUCAUUUACUGAUAGUUUUGAUGAAACAGUGCUAAUAAAAAAUAAGAGUUCAGAAAAUACAGGGAUAUUUUCCCCAGAAGAAGAAAUAAAGAAUAGUGAAAGGAAAGUAAGUUGUAACUCGGUUGUCAAAAAUUGGGAUGUGACUCAAGAUAAGCUAUCUUUAACAGAUGAGGAUGCUUUUGUUUGUAACAGCAAAUACUGCAACAUGGAUGACUCACAAUUUCUAAUUCAGAAGGAAACUGGAAGACUUAAUGAAGACUUAAAUUAUACCUCUACCCACAAAGAGUAUCAAAAUCAACAAUAUUUUCUGGGUAACAGUGAAAAUUUUCAUAAUCCCCAAUGCAAUGAACACCAGUAUUAUAAACUUUGUGAUUCCUCUGAGAUUUCUCCAAAAGUGAAAGAAUUAAAAAGAAAUAAUGAAAGCUUUGUAUUUAAAAGAACUAAAUCUUCCACAAAUUUGCUUGGUAAAGAUUUUCUAGAAGAAAUUACGUUUUUGGAAUCUGAUACAAUCAGAAAUCAAGCAGAUGAAAAUGGAACUUUUGAACUUGAUCAACAGCUAGAGGUGCUGACAAGACAAGCUGAGGUUCAAAAUAAUAUCGAUCACCUAAGAUUUAGUUCUAAGAUACCUCCUUGUUCAAAUUCACAUACAGCAGAACUUAGUAUUGAAGCACGAAGUACUGGAAUAGCUUCCAAAAUGUCUGCCUUUUCUCCUGCAACCAUUCCUAUGGAGCACAUGUUUGAUUUUUCCCAAGCCUCUCAUCCAGGUACUUUAAAUAGGCUUUACAAAAAAGCAGGUUGUUGUCUUGAGAAAAUUUUCCAGAGUUUUUAUUUAAUCUUUUUAAAAUUUUGUUUGGUAGAAUCAAAUAUAACUUCUUCAUUACCGUUAGUUGAUGCAAUAAGACAACCAUCUGUGAACACUCCUUUUCUGCAAAAUAUAACAGAUGACACGGAACAGAUAUUAAAGAAACAAACUGAAGAGCUGAAAGCAAAUGUUGAAAUAUUUUCUGAGUGUAUUAAACAGAAUGUAUUUUCAGUACAAGAACACCUUCAGUUUUUGCAACUUUUAAAAGAACAACUGGAGCAACUGGAACAUAACUAUGUAGCUACCAAGGAAAAGCAUUAUGCUUUGCAACUUCAGAACCAGAAGCAUUCAUCAAGAACUGUUGGAAAAUUUGAUCCUAACAGAAAAGUAGAAGGGGAAAUAUUUAAACUUGGGAUGUUCCUUGAAGAUAUCAAAGAGAAAAUUGAGAAGACAUUUGCUUCAUAUUCCUCAACAUCCUCAAUAUCACCGUCACUCAGAUCCUACCCAUCGCCUAUUUGUUCAAGCUAUUCUGCGAGUCCUUUGAUUACAAGUACCAAUGAAUCUCCAAAAAGAAAUGUUGCAGCACUAAAUAUUCCCCAAAAUGAGAACUACUGGAAGAAUAAAAAUCAUCCUAUAGAAGGAACUCCACAAAAGGCUUAUAAAAAAUCUAUACAAGGUGACAGCAACCAUCCAUUCCAGCAAAUUCAUCUAGAACUGCAGAAGAAAAAUAUCCAUUUAAAAACAAUGUCAUCUGUGAGCAAAGCAAGACAACAAACAAAUAAGCAUAUUCUUAUUGAAGAAUUUGACCAAUGCCACAGAUCCCAUCAAACAAAACAGAAUUACAACAAUGAACAAGAAAAUACAGAUAGAAAUAAAACAACAGAAUACAGGAAAGCAACUAGAGGACAUUCUGAUUGUGAAAGAUUUCCGAUCUUCUUUGCAGGAAAACCAGUGGAUUUAGAUGUAACAGGUUCGUUGCGAAAGAAUAGCAUUGCCCAUCAAAGGAUUUGUAAAGAACAGAGAGAAGAUUUUAUAGACAGAUUAUGUGACAGACAGAAUCUAUAUAUUCCCCAAACCCGCUAUUCAAAGAUGCAUGAUAUCAUUAUCCUUUCACCACAGUAUCUCUCUGGUAGCAAUAUUAAUGGAAGGAAGUCAGUCAGUAAUAGGAGAAAAAGGCAAAGUAAAGACAUAAAAAGCAUGGUAAGACAAGAUCAUUAUUUACAAAAGCAAUAUUGUUUAGUAGUUGAUGAGAAGUUUGAGAAAUGCACUGGAUAUGGAAGCAGUAUGAUCUGUUGGAUAAGUCCCCCCCCCCCACUCUCCCAGCACUAUAUGUGUUUGUAUAUGGCUGCUUUGGCGAUAUUAAACUGCACUUUGGAUAAUGCUAUACAGAUGGCAAACAAUUUGAAGACAACAACGGAGCAUAUGAUGCAAGCUGUCUCAGAAGAUUUAGCCAAGGUCAAAAUUCAGACAUUAUCCAGUGGCACAGCUCAUCAGUACUGACAGUGUAUUUUGAAGACUAAUAAAUUAUAUCUAGAAUAGAGGUAUCCCAUCCAAAAUUAAAAUAGACUACUGGAAAAAGAAACUUCUCAUGUUGGUUUUGAUGUAGCUAAAUUCUGUGUCCAAAUAAAUCUAAUAAUUUUCAGGGACCAUUUUAGAUACACCACAUAGUAUCUUACUCUGUUUCAAAUCACAAAAUGUUUUAGUUUCCUUAAAAAGUUAACGGUUCUUUAUAAGAAAAUAUGCUAACAAAUGAUAUGUUAUCUAGAUUCUUAAAUGGAGAUAGUCAAUACUGUUACUCAUAUUUACCUCUUAAAUGCACUUGCCAUGUUUCAGAAUCUUACUCAUUCACAUCAACACCAUCCCACUAACUUCCUGUGCAAGCCAGGAAGGACAGGGAUCCAAACAAGUAGCAGUGAACAGCCAAGACAGCAUUCUAUUAGUAAAUAAUAAACUAUAAUGCCAUCAAACAUGGAUUUUAAAUUAAUAAAUUACCCAAUGAUUCUGGUAACAA